AUGGGAAUGGCCGCGCGUGGUGGCAUGGGCCCGCCGCACUCGUCGUCGUUACACUGCCCCCCUCCGAAGGCGCGACCCCCGGGCGCGGCACGUCAGCGUCAGCAGGGGGCUGUAGGGCAGGUGGAGAAGGUCAGAGACAACGCAGAUGGCGGGAAGAUGAGUGGACGAUGUGAUGAGAAAGGCAACGAGGAAGACGUGACAAGGGGGGAAAAAGAAGAAGAGGAGAUAAAAGAAACGAAGUGUUCGAUAAUUCUGAAGUCACGAUCCGUGGCCAAUCGCCCCGUGCUAUGCGCCACUGCGGAGAAAGACGAAGAAGAAGAAGUAAAUAAAGUUAGUAACCUGGCCCGCCUCCUGGAGGGCAGCUCUGAGCUCCCGCCCGUCAACCGUGCUAUAAGUGCGGCUUCCUCGCUGACCCGCUCGAUAGCGUCAUCCACAUUCCGCAUCGACAAGCGAUCGCCGUCAGGCUGUGCGCCAUGGUGGAAUGCUGAUUGCUCAAGGGCCUACCGGCGCCGCAAGGCCGCUUGGAAACAGGUGCUCGCAAAUACAUGCUACGUGAAUUGGAAAAAUUACCAAUUCCAUAAAGCCGUGUUCAGGCGUACCAUCUCUGCGGCAAAGCGGGCCUUUUUCACUGAACGAAACGCAUUCCUCUCCGGCCCGAAGAACAGGAAAGCCCUACACAGGCACGUUUCCAAUAUCAGCAGGUCUCUCUCCUCAGGAUUCCCCCCUGACUCUCUCGUCAUGUCCGAUGACGCGGCGAGGGCCCAGCUGGAAGAUAUCGCCAGGGGUCUGGCUCUCCGCUUCCAACGCUCUACUUCCUGCGCGCGGCAGCCUCCCGUGACGUCGUCGUCCGGCUUCGUUGCUGUUUCUGCAGAGGAACUUGACUCAGUGGUGCGCGCUCUCCCAAGCUCGGCUCCCGGCCCGGACGGCGUCUCAGGCAGAAUGGUGAGGUCCCUGUGGGCUGCCCAUCCAGAGGAGCUCCUGAACAUUGCGAACGUCUCCAUCGAACACUCGUGGAUACCGGAUGACUGGAAGGUGUCUAAGGUGGUUAUAGUCAAGAAGAUCGCCUCGAGGGGCUUGGCCAUGGAUAACAUUCGCCCGAUUGCCUUGACAUCCGUCCUCUGCAAGACCAUUGAGCGGAUUCUGCACCGCCGGCUCUCUUCCUUCUUGGAAGCCUCUUCAGCGCUCAAUGAUAGCCAGAUCGGCUUUCGCCCCCGUUGCUCAAUCUGGAUGGCGCACGCCAACCUGGAAAGCCAGAUUUGCCUUGCGCGUGAGUGUGGGAAGAUGUCUGCCCUGGUUACCUUGGAUGUGGCGAAGGCCUACGAUAGCGUGGAACACAACGUCCUCCUCCAUCGUAUGGCAGCUCUCAACAUUCCCCCGUACAUCGUUUCAUGGGUUUGCGGCUUCCUCACUGGACGAGCAUUCUUUUGCUCGGAUGGACGCUUUGUCUCAUCUUCGCAUCCGCAGCAGAGGGGCGUCCCCCAGGGGUCCGUCCUUUCGCCACUGCUGUUUAACAUUUUGAUGAGUUCCCUACCUCUCGACCCGGGCAUCCUCACUCUGACCUAUGCGGACGAUAUUGCCUUCUUCUCCAGCUCUCUAUCGCUGCAUACGCUACGUGAGAAACUGCAAGAAUAUCUCCUCGCGCUGUCGCCCUGGAUGCGUUCCGUCCACCUCACGUUGAACGUCCAGAAAUCUGCAGUCCUGGUGUUCCCCCAGACCAACUGGACUGGAGGAGCUGUGACCAUCAUUCUGGAUGUUGCCGGCCAGACCAUUCGCCAGACCAACCUGCUGCGCUACCUAGGCGUCUGGUAUGAUCACAUGCUCCACUGGGACCAUCAUGUGGAAGUCAUAAGCCAGAAGGCUUCGAAAGCAAUUGGCACAAUCCUCCGCAGCGCCAGCGCCCGCUGUGGUAUGCGCAGGAGCACCCUGCUCUUCCUGUACAAGUGCUACGUACGGCCAAUUCUUGAGUUUGGGCGUGUCGUCUUCUCGCACCUCCCCGACUACCGUCUGAGCAGGCUAUUCGCCGUAGAAAGGACAGCCCUCCGCCUGUGCAUGGGCCUCCCCAAGUACACGGCCAACCAGGAGCUGUAUGCCGAAGCCCGCAUUCCCCCUCUGAAGACUCGGUUCCGCCUACUCACUGUGAACACCUUCCUCUCGCUCUGCCAGAGCCCAUUAGCCUCCAGACAGAACCAGUCUCUCAGGGAUCGGGCCCAGUGGAUCGCCCGGAGGUGGCGAAAAUCCAACACCCCGCAGCUCGUCUUUGUCGAAUCCCUUCUAGCCUCGCUGAAUACUUCUCUGACUGCCCCUCCUGCGCCCAUCUGUCCGGUUUCGUCCAUGGCCCCGCGAGUUGUCGACGCGUUCCAGCCCGGCGUUGCCUACGCUCCGUCUCCCCGGCUUGAAGCCCUCCUCUCGGCGCACAUCAACCAGUUCCCAUCUCACGUUGUUGUCGCGACAGAUGCCUCGGUCUCGGCUCAGCUAGCGGGUGCCGGCGUCGUCUUCCCUCAGCUCGACUGUCAUUGCCCCAUCCGCCUCCCUGACUACACUCCCGUGUUCGAGAGCGAAGUCCUCGCCAUGAUACUGGCUCUCAGAAUGGCGCCCCUUACAUUUCCCAGGAUCCUGCUUUUGUCCGACUCCCUGUCGGUCAUCACUGCCCUAGCCAGCCCCCCCAGCGAGUGGCUCGAGCUCCUGCAGGCCCUGAGUCCUAGCCACAUCACGGAGGUGGUCCUGACAUGGAUUCCUGGGCACUGUGGCCUAUCUCCCAACGAGUUGGCGGACAACCUUGCAAAAAUUUCCCUCUCCGGCCCUAUCAUUGACGUCCUUCCGCCCCUGCCCUCUAUCACGCGGGCCAGGUAUAGAAGGCUGCUGGAGCUGACCGCUCUCCGCUCACUGCCAGCCCGGUACGCCCAUCUUUCCCACGCUUGGCAGGCUGACCGCUGCGUCUCCCGUCAUGUAGAAGUCUUGCUGACUCGACUGCGCUGUCUAGCCCUUCCACUGAACUUUUACCUGCACCGCGCGGGUGUCAGCCGCUCUCCUGCGUCACUUGAGCACUUUCUCCUGCACUGCCCCCUCUACGACCGCUCCCGCCUUAGCUACCUUGGCCAGCCGCUGGCUAGACAAGGGGUUCCCCUCUCCCUGGACGCCAUCCUGUCAUUUGGAGCCUCCCACACCGAAAAAUGGCGGUUUGAAAUAGCGUCGAGAGCAGCCGCCUUUCUGACCAUCUGCGGCCGCUUCUGA